ACGAUCAUCGGUUGUUUAUGGAGAUAUAAUCUCCGUUGUUUAUGGAAGUACAGUUAAAUUUACAUGGAAGCAAACUCGGGAAAGAUGUGUGAAACUUGCUUCUGCUCUUACUCAACUUGGGAUAUCCCGUGGUGAUGUUGUAAGUUCUUUUUUUUUUCUUUUUGUUAAGAAGUUUCAAUCUUUUCAUUUUUGGGUUUCCACUGAAUGUUGAGGGUGUUCAAUAUUUUGAUUGAGUGUCAUCUGUUUUGAGGGUUUUUAUUUUCUUUCUUUGUUGCUCAUUAGAUCAUUUUUGAGUCUUGUAUGCUUGAUUAAUGUUUGAUUUUAUGUUUGUGGAUUAGGUUGGAUUUUCUGUGUCAUUUUGUUUUUGCUUUUCUUUUAUCAUGCUUUUCUUUGGGUAAGCCAAAACUGUGGGAAGUACUUGCUUAAUUGAUGAACGCUGUUUUACCUUUGUAAUGCAAAUUUCUUCAUGUUCUUGAAGUAAUUUUAGAUUCCGAAAAAGACUAGUUUUGCUACUCCAUCAAUCUUUAGUAUGUGUUGGGUAGUCAUGGCUCUAGUUGGUAUGAAGUCAAAGAGAGACAAAAUUAUUGAAAUGAGAUAUUAGGUGACAUCAAUCAGAUUCAGAAUCAGAACAACCCUCACUACCCACUAUCUUCAAAUCAAUCAACAGUUGCAGGUUUAAUGGAGAGAAGGGUUGGGAUAAUUGGAGCAGGAAUAAGUGGGCGAUUAGCUUGUAAAUAUGUUCUUGAGAAAGGAUUUCAACCCAUUGUUUUUGAAUCACAGCCUGGUCUUGGUGGAGUUUGGACUCAAACAGUUGAAACAACAAAACUUCAAUCACCAAGACAAUCUUUUGUGUUCUCUGAUUUUCCAUGGUCCGUUGAAGAAGAGUAUCCAGAUCAUAAUCAAGUUGUAGAGUAUUUAGAAUCUUAUGCUCUUCAUUUUGGUUUACUUCCUUAUAUCAAAUUCAACACCAAAGUUAUCAACAUUGACUAUUUAGUACAAGAAGGCCAAGAUAUGCUCUCAUGGAGUCAUUGGGGUGGUUCAGAUCAGGCUUUCAGUAAUCCCAAAGGUAAAUGGGAAAUUACUACUGAACAUCAAGCUUAUGAAGUAGAAUUUGUGAUUCUUUGCAUUGGGCGGUUCUGUGGAGUUCCAAAUAUUCCUGAUUUCCCACCAAAUAAAGGUCCAGAUGUAUUUACUAAAGGUAAAGUUAUGCAUUCUAUGGAUUACUCUGCCAUGGAUGAUGCUGACGCUGCCAAAUUCGUCAAAGGCAAACGUGUUACAGUCGUUGGACUUCAAAAAUCAGCUUUGGACAUUGCUAAUGAGUGUGCCAUAGCCAACGGAGUGGAAAAUCCUUGUACGUUGAUAUUCAGAAGUGGACAUUGGAAUGUACCUGAUUAUCUUCCCUGGGGUGUCUCUCUUGCUUCACUCUACCUUAAUCGUUUCUCUGAGCUUAUGUUUCAUAAACCUGGUGAAGGACUGUUUCUUAGUCUCUUAGCUACCUUGCUUUCGCCUCUGAGGUGGGCAAUUUCGAAAUUUGUUGAAAGCUAUAUCAAAUUCAAAUUUCCUCUGAAGAAAUACAAUAUGGUACCAGAUAAUAGUUUCUCUCAAGAAAUUUCAUCUUGCUUGCUCGCCAUGGUACCCGAAAAAUUCUUUGAUAGAGUGGAUGAAGGAAGCAUCAUAUUGAAGAAGUCAAAGGGGUUCAGCUUCUACAAAGAUGGGUUGAUAUUUGACGAUGAUGCGGGAGCGACUCUAGAAACUGAUGCAGUCAUCCUUGCUACCGGUUAUAAAGGUGAUGAAAACCUUAAAAGGAUCUUCAAAUCGCUCACGUUUCAAAAUUACAUCAUGGGUUCGCCAAACUCCACAGUUCCGUUGUUCAGAGAAUGUAUUCACCCGCGGAUACCCCAAUUGGCGAUAAUUGGGUUUUCUGAGGGUCUCUCGAAUUUGUAUACAUCGGAAAUGAGGUGUCGAUGGUUAGCACAUCUUCUGGACGAUGGGUUCAGGUUGCCAGGUAUAAUAGAGAUGGAGAAAGAUAUCUUGAAAUGGGAAAAAUACAUGAAACGUUACUGCGGUCAGUACUAUAGGAGGUCUUGCAUUGCUGUAGUGCACAUUUGGUACAAUGAUCAGCUGUGCAAGGAUAUGGGUUUUAAUCCAAAGAGGAAGAAGGGAUUUUAUGCAGAGCUCUUCGAGCCUUACAGAACCAUGGAUUACGCAAAUCUAACUCAAAAGAAAGAUUGAAGGAUUGCCCAAUCCUUGUAAAUUGAAAUUCGACUUAUUGUGUGGUUUUGGACCUUACGGUCUCCCUCAAAUAUUUGGCAUCGGCCUCAUGGAAAAAUAGGCAUUUCAGAUAAAUUACCGCCUCUUUUCAGGCUUUCAGCACUAAAUAUAUCCCCAGUUGGGGGUCGGAAUUCA